CGGCGCUGAGGCGGCGGCGGGGGCGCUGCCCGCUCUGCGGACGGGCGGCCUCGGGCCUCCCCGAGGGCACCAUGGAGGUGAAUGCGGGAGGAGUGAUUGCCUACAUCAGCUCGUCCAGCUCAGCGUCCAGCCCAGCCUCUUGCCACAGCGAGGGCUCCGAGAGUAGCUUCCAGUCCGCGUCCUCUUCUGUCCCGUCUUCUCCAAACAGCACUCAUUCUGAUAGCAAUGGGAACCCCAAAAACGGCGAUCUGUCCAGCAUUGAAGGCAUCCUGAAGAAUGAUCGAAUAGAUUGUUCUAUGAAAACCAGCAAAUCGAGCGCCCCUGGGGUGACAAAGAGUCACAGUGGAGUGACAAAAUUCAGUGGCAUGGUUCUGCUGUGUAAAGUCUGUGGGGACGUGGCCUCAGGAUUCCACUACGGCGUUCAUGCUUGUGAAGGCUGUAAGGGUUUUUUCCGGAGAAGCAUUCAGCAAAACAUUCAGUACAAGAAGUGCCUGAAGAAUGAAAACUGCUCUAUAAUGAGGAUGAAUAGGAACAGAUGCCAGCAGUGUCGCUUCAAGAAGUGUCUGUCUGUUGGAAUGUCGAGAGAUGCCGUGCGGUUUGGGCGCAUUCCUAAGCGCGAAAAACAGCGGAUGCUGAGCGAGAUGCAGAGUGCGAUGAGGACCAUGAUGGACAGCCAGCUCAGUGGCCGUUUGCACAGUGACCCUUUAGCAGACCAUCAUGAGCAGAUCGCCUUGCCAGCCCAGGAACAACCGCGACCCAAACCCCAGCUGGAGCCAGACAGCAGCAAAAGCUCUUCUCCCUCCUCCUCCGAUUUCGCGAAGGAGGAAGUGAUCGGCAUGGUAACCAGAGCGCACAAGGACACCUUCAUGUAUAAUCAGGAGCCGCGCGGAAGCUCAGCGGGGACCGCGGUGCCGCCGCGAGAGCGGCUCGCCAAGAACCUGGAGCAGUACGGCGGGAACCACGAGCCCUGUGUGGGCGGGCCGCACGGCAGCUUCCCCUGUGCCGAGAGCGCGCAGCAUCUCGGCGGACACUACAAGGGCCGGAGCGGCGUGCACUACCCUGGCGGGCACGGCGUCUGUGUCGCCGGCGGACACUGCGUGAGCUUCUCCGGCGCCUAUACUCAGCGAGUGUGUGAUAGAGUUUCCAUAGAUGGGUUUUCUCAGAAUGAGAACAAGAACGGUUUCCUGUGCAACACUGGAGCGAGAAUGCACCUGGUUUGUCCAAUGAGUAAGUCUCCGUACGUAGAUCCUCAUAAAUCGGGGCAUGAAAUCUGGGAAGAAUUUUCCAUGAGCUUCACCCCAGCAGUAAAGGAAGUGGUGGAGUUUGCAAAGCGCAUCCCUGGGUUCAGAGAUCUCUCGCAGCACGACCAGGUCAACCUUUUAAAGGCUGGGACUUUUGAGGUUUUAAUGGUACGGUUUGCAUCACUGUUUGAUGCAAAGGAACGCACUGUCACCUUUUUAAGUGGAAAGAAGUAUAGUGUGGAUGACUUGCACUCCAUGGGAGCAGGGGAUCUGCUAAACUCUAUGUUUGAAUUUAGUGAGAAGCUAAAUGCCCUCCAACUUAGUGAUGAAGAGAUGAGUCUGUUUACGGCAGUUGUCCUGGUCUCUGCAGAUCGAUCGGGGAUAGAAAACGUCAACUCCGUGGAGGCUUUGCAGGAAACGCUCAUCCGCGCGCUAAGGACCUUAAUAAUGAAAAACCACCCGAACGAGGCCUCUAUUUUUACAAAACUUCUCCUAAAGUUGCCAGAUCUUCGCUCUUUAAACAACAUGCACUCUGAGGAGCUCCUGGCCUUUAAAGUUCACCCCUAAGGCCUUCGCUGACUCGGACACGACGCAGGCCACCUGCACAUUUCGUGCUGGAACGCCGAUCGCUCUGUGCGUGCGGUCCGCGGCGGUG